CGCGUGUCGGUGGGGUUCAGCAUUCUGAUUGGAAGUGAAUGCAUCCUUCGCAGGAUUGAAUGCUUCCUUGGCUAGCGUCCCUGAUUGAGAGAGCUCAUUGUCUUUUGGAUGGGGUGGGUGGGUAGGUGGAUGGAUGGUAUAUAAGCUAGUGCCCUGGUAAACCUUUUGUCCGCGAGCCCCCCUCCUUCCCCGCACUUUGUCUACUUUGGUCGAGGCUAGCGCGCAACGCGAUAUCGACGGCCGACAUGGACACGCUGGAGGCACAGACCUUGGAGAAGACGCAGAAGACGGAGCGAGAGAGCAUCAGCAGCAAGGAGGUGCAGAGUGACACGAGCAGCAUCGACAUCCAUGACUUUCAUGUCAAGCGCGCCGGGCGGUUGGUCGUGGAUCCCGAAGAAGCCCGCAUCGAAUUCGGCGCCGACUUCGCCUCCAAGCUCAAGACGACCCCCGACGGGCACACCAUCCUCUGGCCGCAGCCGCACGACACGGCCGAGGACCCGCAGAACUGGAGCACGAAGCGGAAGGCGCUCAACCUGCUCAUCGUCACGAUGGCCGCGGUCGUGCCGGACUUUGACUCGGGGAUCGGGAUUGCGGUGAUGUUCGAGGCGGCGAAGGCGUUCCACACGACGCCGGCGACGAUUGUGAAUGUGACGACGAACUGGAGCAUCUUCCUGUUGGGCUGGGGCGGGAUAUUUGCAGUUAUGGGCAUGAAGCGGUAUGGGAGGCUGCCGGUCUUGUUUUGGUCGCAGCUCCUGUCUUUGGGCUUCCUCGUCGGAUGCACAUUCGCACCGAACUUGGCGACUUUUGGCGCGAUGCGGUGUCUGGCCGCGUUCUUUGGUACUGCGCCUCAAGUGACGGGCCUGUACAUCGUCACAGACAUGUAUCCCUUCCAUUUGCAAGCGCGUAUGCUGAAUAUCUGGACUAUGGGCUUCAUCAUCUCGCCCUUCCUUUCGCCCUUCGCCUUUGGCUUCCUCGUCGCGCGUGCGCCGUGGAGAUGGUCCUAUGGCAUCGGGUGCAUCUACUCGGCCAUCGUGGUGUUCAUGAUCAUGUUCUUCAUGGAGGAGACCAUGUUUGACCGCACCGUCAAGCCCCUCCCGCAGCGCCCGACGUCUGGCCUGCGCUACCGCGUCGAGACGCUGCUUGGAUUCACGGGCAAGAAGAUGGCUCAGUAUAGGGAUAGCUGGAAGGAGGUGGCCUGGGCGCCGAUUAAUGUGGCGUGGAGGCCGCAUUUGUUGCCGUUGAUGAUUUUCGAGGGUGUCCUGUUCGGCUUCGGCAUCGGUGUCAAUGUCACUUUCGCAGUGUUCUUAGAGGAGCCUAAGCCCCAUGGUUUCGGGUUCAGCGCCUAUGGCAUCGCAGGGAUGUAUGGGACGCCUAUCGUCGCCGUCCUCCUCGGCGAGGUCGUCGGGCGCUACCUCAAUGACUGGAUCAUGCGCACCACCGUCAGGCGCAACCACGGCGUCUUCGAGGCCGAGUCCCGGCUGUGGGCGUGCUACAUCGCAACGGUGCUGUACAUCGUGGGCUUCGUGGUGCUGGGCGCGGCGCUGCAGGAGCACCUGAGCGCGGGUGCGCUGGUGAUGGGCUGGGGCAUCGCGGAGCUGGCGACGAUGGUGAACACGGUGGCGGUGUACGCGUAUGCAAAUGAUGCGUUCCCGAAGCAUCAGGGCGAGAUUAGCGGCCUCAUCAAUUUGUUCCGGACACUGGGAGGUUUCGCUGUUGCGUACUUCCAGGUUCCGUGGGCAGAAAAGCAUGGUGCGCUGCAGACGUUCGGAUGCGAGGCUGCGAUUGUCGCCGCGUUGUUCAUCAUCGUGGUGCCGUGGACGCAAUGGAAGGGGAGGUCCCUGAGGGAACGCUUCUCUCUGCACUGAACGCGUUCAAGUGGGUGAUUUCUUGACCUGGGCCUCAUCUGUUCGAUUUCUUUGGGGGGUCAUCUUCGGUUUUUCUUUGUACUUUACAUAUCGAAUUUCUUCUGUACAGUAGUGGAUUAUGGCUAUAUAUGCAAGUCCUGCAG